GCGGAAGCGGUGUGCGAGGGUUGCCAUGAGCCGGCGCGGCGCCACGAUGGGGCCGAAGGAGCGGCGGCGGCGGGAGGUGGAGGCCGAGGCCCCGGGCCCCUCCCCGGGCCCCUCCCCGGCCCCGGCCGAGCCCCAGCUCCCCGCCCGCCUCCCCGUCUCCGAGAUCAAGAACAAGCAGCGGCGGCAGCUGAUGUACCGGCGGUGGCGGCAGCUCCAGCGCAGGGAACAACUGGAGGCCAAAAAGAAACGGAAGAAGGAGAGAGAAGCGCUGGGAGACAAGGCUCCACCGAAACCAGUUCCAAAGACGAUUGAAAACCAGCGGGUGUACGAUGAAACAGUUGUGGACCCGAACGACGAGGAGGUGGCUUUCGAUGAAGCAACAGAUGAGUUUUCGUCCUACUUCAGUCGGGAGAAGACCCCUAUGAUCCUCAUCACAACAUCUGAUAGGCCUCGAGGGAGAACAGUACGACUAUGUGAGCAGCUGUCAAAGGUGAUUCCAAAUUCACACGUCUACUACAGGAGAGGACUGGCUCUGAAAAAGAUCAUACCACAGUGCAUCGACAGGGGUUUUACCGACUUGCUCGUCAUCAAUGAAGAUCGGAAAAUACCAAAUGGAUUAGUUAUUAGCCACCUCCCCAAUGGACCUACGGCACAUUUCAAGAUGUCUAAUGCCCGCCUAGCCAAAGAACUUAAGAGGAGAGGAAAGGAACCAACAGGACACGACCCGGAGGUGAUCCUCAAUAACUUUUCCACUCGACUGGGGCACGGCAUUGGGAGAAUGUUUGCUUCACUGUUCCCUUACAAUCCACAGUUCGUGGGGCGGCAGGUGGUCACUUUUCAUAACCAGCGUGACUAUAUCUUCUUCAGAUUCCACAGGUAUAUAUUUCGGAAUGAAAAAAAAGUUGGUCUUCAGGAACUUGGGCCACGUUUCACCCUGAAACUUCGAUCUUUGCAGAAAGGGACAUUUGAUUCAAAGUAUGGAGAGUACGAAUGGGUUCACAAGCGUCAUGAAAUGGACACAAGCCGCAGGAAGUUCCAUCUGUAACGUAGAACCCACUGGGACUGGAUACAGCCAUGAAACACCGACUGUUGCUACAUCUUACGUAUUUUGGAUAACCUGAAGUCCAGCAAAAUGGCCUCACCAUUUUCAUGCAAAACUGACAUUAACUGAGGCUGUAAGAGUACAUCACGGAGGAAGAGAUGUCAGAUUGCUGAAUUCCUUGCAAAGUUUCUGCUAAAAAGAAUCAUACUUCCAAAUUUGGAAGUUCCUCUCUGGGGUGUACUUGCUCCCCAAAUAUAAAGGAUUCCUUAUAAAUACUGUUUUGUAAAAGGAUUAUAGAUUUGGAUCAAUUAAAUCAUUCAUUUAAAUAUA